ACGAACGAGACUAAGCCAGGACUGGAUGCCUGCAGAGAAAACUACUCUCAUCCUCCAGUGCCUUCUGUUAUAGCUAUCAUUGUAGUCUGAUUUCUGAAGCCUGCCCAAUGAAACCACCACCAUAUGUGCCACAACCUAAUGCGUCCUUGUUGGAGACACUACGCAUACACCCUGCUUCAGGGCUGACCUCCAGCCCGCCGCCACCCCACAGCAGCCCCGUCCAGACGACUCUCUGUACACUUCAAUGAGGGAGCCCCCAUCGUCAAACGGGGAAGACGACGACUCCGAAGAAGAAGCCGAAGAGGACAUCUCUGACCCAGCCUCCCCUGAGUACGAGAAACAACGACCC